AUGUGGUGGGCGGACAGGUUGUGAAUGGAGUGGGCGGGGCUGGGCUGAUAUAAAGCCAGUCAGUAGGCGUGUCCAGCUCAGUCUGAACCAGUUGUGAUGAUGCUGCUGCAGCCGCUCUGGUCUGUCCUCUUGGGACACGCCACCAUCCUGCACUCACCUGUCUUCCCCGCCAUCUUCUCUCUGUCUGUCUACCUGUCUUUCUGUCUUCCCUUCCUGCUGCUGGACCUGUUGUCCUCCAGGUGGUCCUUGGUGCACAGGUACAAGCUGCAGAAUGAGAGCUCUGUCAGCUGGGCCUCAGUGCGGAGCUGCUUGACGCUAACGCUCUAUAACCACCUGAUUUUUAUUUUGCCGCUUACCGUGCUGCACUCAUACCUGCGGCCCCUCCCACUGCCCGAGGAGGCCCCGCCCUUCCCCCGGCUGCUGGCUCAGGUGUUUGUUUGUCUGCUGCUCUUCGACUUCCAGAGCUUCACCUGGCACUUGCUGCAUCACAGGGUCCCCUGGUUGUACCGCAACUUCCACAAGGUGCACCACACCUUCAGCUCCACUUAUGCCCUCACCGCAGAGUUCUCCGGAGCUUGGGAGACUCUUAGUCUCGGCGUCUUCGCCGCUGCCACUCCGGCCCUGCUGGGCUGCCACCCGCUCACCGAGCUGAUGUUCUUCCUGGUCAACAUGUGGCUGUCGGUGGAGGACCACUGCGGCUACGACCUGCCCUGGGCCACGCACCGCCUGGUGCCGCUGGGGCUGUACGGCGGCGCUCGCCACCACAACCUCCACCACCUCAAAUCCAAGUGCAACUACGCCCCCUACUUCACACACUGGGAUCUUCUGGCAGGGACGCUGUGCACGGGAGACUGAUGCACUCCUGAGGAAGAUGAACUGAUGAAGAUGAACUGAUGAAGACGUUGGUCAACGCCUUGACCUGAAGUUUUUUUUAUCAAUGUUUUAAAAACAGAAUCUGAAGUCGCUGUUUUUGAACUUCCAAACUUUUAAUGUGAAUUCUUUAAUAAUAUUUUGUAUGUUACAGAUAAUAGUUCAUGUUGAACAAAUGUAUUUAAUGUUUUGACUGAGAUUAUUUUAUUAGUUUUUAUUAAAAUAUUUAUUGAUUUGAAUAUUUAUUAUGUUUUUAACAAA